UCAAGUAGCACCAACAGAGGUUUUCAGCAACCAUGCCGUUCAUGCAUGGCACGAUGCCGCUUCGGCGGACCUUCUACUAUUUGCUGCAAGGGAAGAUCAAGUUUCGAGACGAUGUGCAGGUUUUUGCUAUGGGAUUCCAUCGAAUACCCAACGAACAGCAGCAAGGUGCUCGAGAUUUUGUAUUUUGGCAUUGGGCGCAACUGCAAUACAAAAAUCCUCGCGUACAGCUCGUGAAGCACAUCGACAUGGUCAUCACUCCUUUUGCACGAGCAUAUCUGAAAGAUGGCAGGGAAGUUCUAUUUGAUCUCGAAGGUAUGACUCGUGGUGAAAUCGAAUCACGAAUUGCGGCUACAUUAGGAAAGACAGAAUUAGUGGCAAAAAGAGAAGAACUAAUGGAAAUUGCCAAGUUGAAUCCUGCCGACUUCGGUUCAAAGUGUAAACGACAGUGCAUGUGCGAAGUACAAGGACAGCAUCCGUGCACUUCAUUGUUACAAGCACCCAAGUAUAUGACCGGUAAAUGGCGGUGGAACCACAACUUGAUUUAGAUGCAGUAGUUCGUGAGUGUUGUGUAUCUGUUUUAUUUCUAAGCUUAGGUAUUGAUAGUUUACUUGAACAUGUAUAUAUCAAGUUAUUGUGCUCUCCCAUUCUAUAAUUUGUGCCUGAAUUCCGCUAGCAUACUCUGACGUUGAUCAAACUUCUUCAAAUCGUUACAAUAUGUUUGUUAUGUAGGUUCGAUGUUUUGACGUUAUGGAGAUAUCAUGCAAUCGUUUUGUUCUUUAGCGAACCUUUUUACUUGUUGUAGGUCAUCAUUAAUCUGCG